AUGAGCAAAGUUACGAAGCUAUCGGCUCCAAAAGGCGCAAGAACAGCUCACUUCCGUACAUUAGAGAGAGAAUCUCGUUUCAUUAAUCCUCCAAAGGAUCAAAGUGCAUUUCCCUUAUUGAAAGAUGCUAUCGAACCUCAUGUCGGAUCUUUCAACGCUCUUACAGAAGGUUCUGAUGGAGGCCUCUUGAAUAUUGCUGUCAAAGAUAUUGGCGAAAAAGUUAUCUUUGAUGGUAAACCUUCAAAUUUAGAAGAUGAACAAGAGUUGAAAAACAGAUACUUAGGUAACAAACUAUCUGUCAGCGUGGAGCAAGUCUCCAUUGCUAAGCCUAUGUCUAAUGAUGGUGUCACAUCCGCAGUAGAAAGAAAAGUAUUCCCAAGUGAAUCAAGACAAAGAUUAGCAACCUAUAAAGGUAAAUUGAUGUUGAAAUUAAAAUGGUCUGUUAAUGAUGGUGAAGAAACCUACUCUGAAAUUAGAGAUUGUGGUGGAUUACCAGUUAUGUUACAAAGUAACAGAUGUCAUUUGAAUAAAUUAUCACCACACGAAUUGGUUCGUGAAAGAGAAGAAUCAGAUGAAAUGGGUGGUUACUUUAUCAUUAACGGUAUCGAGAAAUUGAUCAGAAUGUUAAUUGUUCAACGUAGAAACCACCCAAUGGCUAUCAUCAGACCUUCUUUUGUUAAUAGAGGUGCAUCAUACUCCCAGUAUGGUAUUCAAAUAAGAUCUGUUAGACCAGACCAAACAUCCCAAACUAACGUUUUGCAUUAUUUAAAUGAUGGUCAAGUCACUUUCAGAUUUUCUUGGAGAAAAAAUGAAUAUUUGAUUCCCGUCGUCAUGAUCUUGAAAGCCUUAUAUGAUAUAUCUGAUAGAGAAAUUUUUGAUGGUAUUGUCGGCUCUGAUACCGCUAACUCUUUCUUAACUGAUCGUUUGGAAUUAUUACUACGUGGUUUCAAGAAGAGAUACCCAACUUUACAAAAUAGAACCCAAAUUUUACAAUACCUUGGUGAUAAGUUCCGUUUUGUUUUCCAAGCUUCUCCUGACAAAUCGGAUUACGAAGUUGGUCAAGAAGUUAUAAACCGUAUUGUCUUGGUUCAUUUGGGUCAAAAUAACAAUCAAGAUAAGCUAAGAAUGUUAUUAUUCAUGAUCAGAAAAUUGUAUUCUUUAGUCGCUGGUGAGUGUGCACCAGAUAAUCCAGAUGCGACCCAACAUCAAGAAGUUCUAUUAGGUGGUUUCUUAUAUGGUAUGAUUAUUAAAGAAAAGAUCGAUGAAUAUUUACAAGGUAUUAUGGCCCAAGUCAGAACAGAUGUCAAUCGUGGUAUGGCUAUUAACUUCAAAGAUCGUAAGUAUAUGUCUAGAGUUUUAAUGAGAGUAAACGAAAACAUCGGUUCCAAAUUGCAAUACUUUUUAUCUACCGGUAAUUUAGUCUCUCAAUCUGGUCUAGAUUUACAACAAGUGUCUGGUUAUGUCGUGGUAGCCGAAAAAAUUAAUUUUCAUCGUUUCAUUUCACAUUUUAGAAUGGUUCAUAGAGGUUCUUUCUUUGCUCAAUUAAAGACCACAGCCGUCAGAAAAUUAUUACCUGAAUCAUGGGGUUUCUUAUGUCCAGUACAUACACCGGAUGGUUCUCCUUGUGGUUUGUUAAACCAUUUUGCCCACAAGUGUCGUAUCUCUACCAAACAAUCCGAUGUGUCACAGGUCGCACCCUUAUUAUACUCAUUAGGCGUUGCUCCGGCAUCUCAUACUUUUGCUGCUGGUCCAUCUUUAUGUUGUGUCCAAUUGGACGGUAAGAUCAUCGGUUGUGUCUCUCAUGAACAAGGUAAGAUUAUUGCUGAUACUUUAAGAUUCCUCAAAGUUGAAGGUAAAACGCCUGGAUUACCUCUAGAUCUAGAAAUUGGUUACGUACCACCAUCUACCAAGGGACAAUACCCAGGUCUAUAUUUAUUUGCCGGACACUCAAGAAUGAUGCGUCCUGUUCGCUACUUACCUUUAGACAAAGAGGAUAUUGUUGGUCCUUUCGAGCAAGUUUACAUGAAUAUUGCAGUCACUCCUCAAGAAAUUGAAAAUAAUAUUCAUUCUCAUGUUGAAUUUACACCAACAAACAUUUUAUCUAUUUUAGCCAACUUAACGCCAUUCUCUGAUUUCAAUCAAUCUCCAAGAAAUAUGUAUCAAUGUCAAAUGGGUAAACAAACUAUGGGUACCCCUGGUGUUGCAUUAUGUCAUCGUUCAGAUAACAAGUUAUAUAGACUGCAAUCUGGUCAGACUCCUAUUGUCAAGGCUAACCUAUACGAUGAAUACGGUAUGGACAAUUUCCCAAAUGGUACAAAUGCAGUCGUUGCGGUUAUUUCUUACACCGGUUAUGAUAUGGACGAUGCGAUGAUUAUUAACAAGUCCGCAGACGAAAGGGGUUUCGCUUACGGUACAAUGUAUAAGGUGGAAAAGGUCGAUCUUGCACUAAACAGAAACCGCGGUGAUCCAAUUACUCAGCACUUCGGUUUUGGUAAUGAUGAAUGGCCAAAGGAAUGGUUAGACAAGUUAGAUGAUGAUGGUUUACCAUAUAUUGGUACUUACGUUGAAGAAGGUGAUCCAAUUUGUGCAUACUUCGAUGAUACCUUAAAUAAGACAAAGACCAAGACGUAUCACUCAUCUGAACCAGCUUACAUCGAAGAAGUUAACUUGAUCGGAGAUGAUUCUAAUAAAUUCCAGGAGUUACAAACUGUUAGUAUCAAAUAUCGUAUCAGGAGAACUCCUCAAAUUGGUGACAAGUUUUCUUCCAGACAUGGUCAAAAGGGUGUUUGUUCCAGAAAAUGGCCAACCAUUGAUAUGCCAUUUAGUGAGACUGGUAUUCAACCAGAUGUCAUCAUUAAUCCUCACGCUUUCCCAUCUCGUAUGACUAUUGGUAUGUUUGUUGAAUCUUUGGCUGGUAAGGCAGGUUCCCUACAUGGUAUUGCACAGGACGCUACACCAUGGAUAUUCGAUGAAAAUGACACGCCUGCGGAUUAUUUCGGUGAUCAACUGAUAAAGGCAGGUUAUAAUUACCACGGUAACGAGCCAAUGUAUUCGGGCGCUACUGGUGAAGAACUAAGAGCCGAUAUCUAUGUUGGUGUAGUUUACUAUCAAAGAUUGCGUCAUAUGGUUAACGAUAAGUUCCAAGUUCGUUCAACUGGUCCUGUUAAUAGUUUAACAAUGCAACCAGUUAAAGGUAGAAAGAGACAUGGUGGUAUUCGUGUCGGUGAAAUGGAAAGAGAUGCUUUGAUUGGUCACGGUACCUCAUUUAUAUUACAAGACCGUUUAUUGAACUCCUCAGAUUAUACACAGACAUCUAUCUGUCGUGAGUGUGGCUCCAUAUUGACCACUCAGCAAAGUGUUCCAAGAAUUGGUGCUUCUUCACAAGUAUUCUGCCGUCGCUGUGCCGCUACAUUUGAAGAGGCCAAGCAACUGAUUGCAUCUUAUGAGGGCGAAGACAGUAUUUUCAUUGACGAUUCACAAAUCUGGGAAGACGGUCAAGGUAACAAAUUUGUGGGUGGUAAUAACACUACGACGGUUGCAAUCCCAUUUGUAUUGAAAUAUCUAGAUUCUGAAUUAACAGCAAUGGGUAUUAGAUUACGCUAUAACGUGGAACCAAAAUAA